AGUUUUACUGUUGGUAGCAUUGAAAUGCGACCUACAUCCGGUCAGUUAUUCGAAGACCGCAAGAGGAAAGAAGCACCAUAACAUAUUUGUUUAGUAAGUGGAUGGAGUAAUCUUCGGGUUAGGAGUUUAGUGUUUGUUAGGUAAAGGUUUCUGCUGAGAGAUGGAGCCGAGGGGUCGUGGAAGAGCACAAAGAGGCGGACGAGCUAGAGGUGAUCAGUCACAGCAAUCUUCUAAUCGUCCAGGACCUGGUCCCGGUCAGCAAAGAGGUGGCCAACAGGGCCAAUACAGGGGCGGCCAGCAAGGAGGUCCAGGACCUUACAGAGGAGGGCCACAGGGAGGCCAGGGUGGAGAUUACAGAGGGGGCCAACAGGGGCAAGGAGGCCAGGGUGGAGAAUACAGAGGGGGCCACCAAGGGCAAGGGGGCCAGGGUGGAGAAUACAGAGGGGGGCAAGGAGGCCAGGGUGGAGGAUACAGAGGGGGUCAGCAAGGACAAGGAGGCCAACACAGGGGAGGACCACAACCUCAACAACCACAAGCUCAACAACCACAAGGUGCUUGGGGAAGAUCUCAAGGGCCCAGACCACAACAAGGUCAAAGGGGUCCACAACAGCCACAGCAGCAACAGCAGCAGCAAUAUGGGGCUCCACAACAGCCACAGCAGCAGCAACAAUAUGGGGCUCCACAACAAACCCAGUGGGGACAGCAGAGACCUCAGGGACCACCUCAGCAACAAUCUCAAAGGCCUCAGCCACAAGCGCAACCUCAGAGGGCUCCCCAACAACAAACACCUGCAUGGGGUAGUAAGCCUGCUUUGAAAUGGGGCGAUGGUCAACAGGAAGCUACUCAGCAAUAUCAAGAAUCGACGCAACGGUUGGUUCAAAGUGGUGCUCCCAAAAAGGAGAUUCCAGCUGAGGCUGGUACCUCUAAAGAGUUCCCAAGAUCUUCAGGUCGUGGUAGCCAAGAGGGUGGUGAAGAUGGCGCUGGUCAAGGAGAUGGCUCUGCGGCUGGUGCCAAAGGUACUGGAACCCGCGAAAGGGGCGGUGGAAACGGAGCCGUUAGGGGACGUCUGAACAGGAACGAAAUAUUGGUAACGAAACCGAAAGGACUUACCAGCGAGGGCAAAAUGGGUACCAGUGGAAGCCCUAUCCACUUGACUGCGAACUUUUUCGAACUCAUCGAACACGCCUCAUGGCAUCUGGUACAGUACGAGGUGAAAUACAAACCUGACAUCGAUGACACGAAAGUUAAGAAGAGGUUGAUGUACACGGCUUUCAAAGAUGAACCGGCCGCCAAGGCUUAUAUUUUCGACGGAUCUACCAUGUUCACCCCCAUCAAAAUACAUUCCGAUCCUUUGGAGAAACUCGUUAACGAUGAAGCUUUCGGAAAUGUCCAAAUUAUCAUUAAACAAUCAGGAGUGCUCGCGUGGGGAGACUGGACCUACAUUCAGGUCUUCAAUAUCAUCAUCAGGAAAUGCCUGCACCUUAUGCGUUUCGAACUCAUACAGAGGAAUUACUACGAUGCUACCGCAAUUGAGGAUAUACCGAAUCAUCCCAUCCGAAUCUGGCCCGGUUUCUUCACAUCGAUCAGACAGUACGAACAAAAGAUUAUGAUGAACGUCGAUCUGUGUUUCAAAGUUAUGCGAAAAGACAAUUGCUACGAUUUACUUCUCGCCUGUAGCGAGAGGGGUAGCAGGUUCAACAUAGCGGAAUUCAAAAAGAGAAUGACCGGUAGUGUAGUGCUCACGUAUUAUAACAAUAAGACAUACAGGAUAGACGACGUCGAUGAUGAGAACACUCCACUCAGCCAGUUCACGAAGAAAGAUGGAACAAGGAUUUCGUAUAAACAGUAUUACUACGAGCGAUAUAAGAUCCAAAUUCAAGUCGACAACCAACCCCUGUUGGUCUCCAAGACGCAGGCGAGAGAAAGGAGGGCUGGUCUGCCGGAAGUUGUCAUACUAGUUCCUGAAUUAUGUCAAUUGACCGGUUUGACCGAAGAACAGCGGCAAAAUUUCCAGUUAAUGUCUGCUUUGGCAACGAAGACCCGAAUCCCCCCCGGGCCUCGGCAACAAAAAUUGGUUCACUUCGCCAAAAGGCUGACCAACAGCCAAGAGGCCAUGGCCGAAAUUAAGAAAUGGGACCUGAAACUUGCGGAUCGUUUGGUGCAGUUGAAGGGAAGGGUAUUGCCUAACGAAAUGAUCCAAGUAAGCCAAACGAUGAAGACGCCGACUAGCCACAAAGCCGACUGGAUGAACAGCUGUAAAUCGGGCAUGCUCGACCUGGCCCAAUUCGACCAGCUGAUCGUGCUCCAUCCCAACUGCAAGGACACCCAAAAUUUCAUCGGCGCGAUAGCGAAGGCGGCCGGUGGAAUGGGCUGGAGGAUGCCCAGGUUCACCAUUGAGAACAUCGGCAGGGCGGGCGUACCGGAUUACCUGAACGCCAUAGAUAACGUUAGGAUACAGAAAGGAGUCAUGACGCUAAUCAUAGCCAUCGUGCCCAACAAAAAUUCCGAGAGGUAUAACGCGAUCAAGAAGAGGUGUACCGUCGACAGAGGAAUUCCUUCCCAGGUUAUAUUGGAGAAACAGUUCCGCGCCAAAGGUAUCAUGUCGAUUGCUAGUAAGAUAGCAAUACAGAUGAACUGCAAACUUGGUGGUACGCCAUGGAGCAUCGGCGUCCCAUUGAACGACGUGAUGGUAGUUGGAUACGAUGUAUGCAGAGAUACCAUACAGAAAACGAAAUCGUUCGGUGGGAUGGUGGCAUCGAUGAACAACAUCCUCAGUAGAUAUUACUCGCAAGUGUCAGAGCACGCGUACGCUGAGGAACUGUCGCACAACUUUGCCGCAUUUUUAUGCAACGCAUGUGAUAUGUAUAGAAAAAUUAACGGAAAACUGCCUGUUAGGAUAUUGAUUUAUCGUGACGGUGUCGGAGAUGGACAAAUUCCCUAUGUUCACGAUAAUGAGGUAAACAUUAUCAAGGCCAAGCUCAGGGAGAAGCAUUAUCCGGAGGAAAAAUCUCUCAAGAUCUGCACUAUAAUAGUGACGAAGAGGAUAAACACUAGACUUUUCUACGGUGAUCAGAAUCCUCCACCUGGUACAGUUGUAGAUAACACCAUCACUUUACCUCAAAGAUUUGACUUCUUUUUGGUGAGUCAAUGCGUUAACCAAGGAACAGUUACCCCGACAAGCUUUAAUAUUAUUGACUUCGACAGUUUCGGUAUUAGUCCUGACAAGAUACAGGUGAUGACUUACAAAAUGUGCCAUUUAUACUUCAACUGGAGUGGAACAAUAAGAGUUCCCGCUCCUUGUCAGUAUGCCCAUAAACUGGCCUUCUUGACGUCUCAGAGCCUUCAUAGAGCGGCUCAUCCUAGCCUGGAAACAUUGCUUUACUUUUUAUAAAUUGAUUUCCUUUUUCUGAUUUAUAUUUUUGUACCUUGAGAAUUCUUUAUUAGUUAGUAGGCGUUUGAGAAAAAGUUUUGUUUUUUAUUUUUAAUAAAAUGUUCAAACCUUA